GGUCAAAACGUGACCUAAGCUGAUGCAGAUUUUCAUCCCUGGAUUGUACGCAUCCCCCUUUUCUUCUUCUUCUUCUUCUUCUUCCUCGUAUAUGAAUAGUCCCCAAAUCCCUCGAUUUUCAGUGUUCUCCGCCGUCCCCUUAAAAUCUCUCUUCCAUUUCUCCUCCUGCUUCUUCGCCUCUCUCUCUGACUCCUAGCCCUAAGGAAUUGGAUUAGUGACGAGGGCAAGAGAGGGGAAAAUGAUGAUGAGGGCUUCAGGAGGAUACUCUUCAAUCUCAAAUGGUGUUGUGUGCCCCAAGCCUCGCAGAGUUAAUGAAUCCAUCAGACCUUUCUGUUUUCUGGAAUUCAGUGGACAAAUGAAGGCUUGUGAUUCAGAUGCUGGGACUGAGAUUCUGGACAUUAUACUCGCCAGGGAGACUUCUGGUGCUGGAAAACUCAAUAUUCGUGAGGGGGCUUCGUCACCGCCAUUUUUCUUUGGGUCGCCACCGAGCAGGGCAUCAAAUCCCCUGAUUCAAGAUGCCCAUUUCAGCAAGGAAAAUUUUGUUCCACCACUUGCAACGUUAACUUCACCAUCACCACCACUGCCAUCCUCCUCGCCCUCCUCUGCUCGUAAGAAUGGAGGUGGGUGCGGGAUGAAGUUUGGGCACAAGCCAGCUCCGGUGAGAAUUGAAGGCUUCAACUGCAAUGGGAACUGCAGGGUUUCGGCUGUAGCUUAGAAUCGGAGAUGUCCAUGAAGAGAUGCGGACAGGGCAAUAAAUCAAAAUCAGUGAGAAAUGUAGAUUUUUGGGUGAGAAUUACUAAACCAAUUUCUUUUUUAGCAGUUACCUGUGUAUAUAGAGUCGGAAAACUCUAGUCUUGUCAUUUGCCUUAUAUGCGAUUCGUCUUCCCCUAAUGAAUCAAUCAUGUAAUGUGUAUAUAUCUAUAUGUAAUGGGGUGAUGAAUUUGAGGGAAGUUGAUCCAAAACAAUAAUCACCAAAGAGUAGAAAAAAGGUCCAAAGACAAUCCCCUCUUUGGAUUGUAAGUUAGGAUUUGCCUUAGCCUUCAAAUUGUAACAUUUAGGGUUUCUCAUUCUUCUUUCCCUUUAUUGUAAUUGUAAUUUGAAGGAGAGGAGAUGAUGGUCAUUUAGAUAUAUUUUGCUGUCUCA